UGCAUGUUACGUGUUUGCUCUCGUGAAGAAGUGUCAAGAAUUGAAAUCGGCGACUUUAAAUUUUUAAAAGUACAAAAGUGAUUUUUCUAUAGUAUGUCACUGUGUCCUACGCUUUGUUUCAAUAUUUGAAAUGUGUUGUUGAACAAAGUUCAUAUGCAGACAAAUCACGUGUAAAAUAUGACGAAAAAACAAGUGAAAUAAUGUGUGAAAACUGCAAUUCAAAUAGCAAUCAACCAUAUGAAUUAUAUUGUGUGCACGAAGUUUUGUGUGUUAGACGAUGAGAGAAAAGGAUAAAGAAAUGCAAAUUACUCAUCUGAAAAGUUAGAAGCAUACGACGGUUCGUUUAGUGGCAAUAAAGAGGACAAUGCGAUUUCCCAGUGUAAAAACAGUCAAUGAGAAAUAACAGUCACGAAGUUUUUCAAGAAAACGACAAGUGAGCCAAACGAAAACGAAGAAAAAGACAAAGAAAAAGAAGAAAAAAAUACCCGCAAAUAAUUUAUUGUCAAACGGCGACAUCGUGAACCAGUGUGAAUGAACCGAAGAAACCGUACACACACACAUUCAAACGAAAAAUGCGAAAAUCAAUCGCUGGUUAAGCAAUAAAAAGUGUCAAGUUUUUUUUUUGUUUCGUGUGAAUUGCUGGUGGUUUUUUUCCCUUUUUCCAAUGGCUGGUUGCAAAAAUUUAUAAUGAUACUGGACACGCUUGCAAAAACAACACGACCAUUUGGGAAUGAGAAGCAAAAAUAAAGCCGUUCCGGUGCAAGAAAUACAUUCCAUUGAGAAACUGUGCACACUGUCCUCCGUCUAAGUGAAAACGAUUAAUUUUUAGUGUUAUUUCAAAAACAUAAACAAACUAACGCGCCAAACGAAAUAUAAUGAAUGUGUCUCAGUGCGGCCACUAUUUUAUGGAAUUGUUGCACGCCAAACGUCUAAACCACACAAAGUAGUAAACAACGACGGAACAACCCAGUUAAUCGAAACACAAUAGCGUGAAAGCAUCAGUCAAAAUAACAUAAUCUCAGAAUGGAGUUCAACAUUUUAUUGUUGUUAUCAAUAGUUGGAUUUGGAUUUGUAAGUGGUCGUCAAUGUCCAAGUCAAUGUACGUGCAAUUUGGAUGAAAGAGGUUUCAUUCAAACUAUAUGCAAUCGAGGUGGAAUGUCAUCAAUACCAAUUCUUGAAAUGGAUCAAGAAACUGAAAUUUUAAUAAUUCGUGGUCCCCGGAACGACCUCACCAUCGGUCCGUUAUUCAGACCAUUGAAACGUUUAGAAAUACUUCGAAUCACUGAUUCCAAUGUGCCGUCAGUUGGUACAUAUUCGUUUUGGGGCGUAGAGCGUCUACGAAUUUUGGAUUUAUCUCGUAAUAAUAUAACAGCGAUUUCGCAGGACAACUUUAAAGGUCAAGAGCAUCUUGAUGAAUUAAAUUUAUCGCAUAACAAAAUUAACGGCUUAACAUCAUGGGUUUUCGAUAAUCUAAAGGAUUUGCGACGUCUUAGCUUGGCCAAUAAUUUAAUCGAAAAAUUACCGUUGCGAGUUUUUUACAAGGUGUCCAAAUUGAAAUACUUGGAUCUGAGCGAAAAUCCAUUGGACGAUUUACCACCUGAUGUGUUCACGGAUAUUACAGAAUUAAGGGAGCUAAAAUGUCGAAAAUGUUUGCUGAAAGAAGUCAAUGCAAAACUAUUCCGGAGUAUACCACGCUUAAGCGAACUGGAUCUAGGCGAAAAUUAUCUUAAGCACAUCAAGGAAGGUGAUUUUAAGGACUUAAAGCGUCUUACCAAACUUUAUCUCGAUGGGAACCAACUUGAUGCGAUUGGAGAACAUGUAUUUUCAACACAAAAAAGCCUUGAAUCACUCGAUUUGUCCUAUAAUAAUCUGGUAAAAGUAUCAAAGGAAUCCAUAUUACAUCUAUCAAACCUCACGACGCUCGAUCUUUCGUACAACGACAUAGAAUACUUGAUGGCGGGUGUCGUUUAUCCAUGGACGAAAGUGCACACAUUGAAUAUCAGUGGAAACAUACGACUUCCCACGUCACGCAUUUUUCUCUCAUCAUUUUUCAAAAUGCCAUCGUUGAGAGUUUUGUCGAUUGCUGAUAUGGGCAUAGAUCCACUGCACCUAUUGAAUCCAUCGUUUGAUCAAUUAAAAGUGUUGAAUUUGUCCGGCAAUCAUUUGGUGAAUACAUCGUUGAAGCCACUUGAUCCGUUCAACAGUUUAGAGCUAUUGGAUUUGUCGAGAAAUGAUAUAAAAGGCUUUGAUGAAUAUCUAGUAUGGAAACUGCAACAAAUAAAAGAUGUUAAACUGGAAAAAAAUCCGAUCAUAUGCGACAGAUGCCACAUGGGAGCACUUAUAGAUAUCUCACACACGCUACCAUGGAAUAUUUAUCCCAUUUGCUAUUGGCCAGACUCACUACGGAACAAACCAAUUUCCGACAUAAACGCAACUGCACUGGAGUCAUGCAACGAUUUUGACAACGAUCUCUAUGAUUUUGGCGGAAUAUCCGAGAAUAUCCUAUUGAAACGGGGCAAUUUCAAUCUUUUUGCGAUUAUUUGUGCCACUGGCUUCAUCACCAUUGCAAUCAUUGUGCUAAUUAUUGUCUUAAAUGUGAAUCGACACUCGGCCAAAUACUAUACAAACGAGGACAAACGUUGCGACGGACUAUAUGAGAAAAAUAUCGAUACGCUUUCAAUUACCGGAAAUGAGUUGAAUUACAAAUUUCCCAUCGAAGACAUCAUUUACACAAUAGACGAGACGACAUUGCAGCCACCAACACAGCCACCGUUAAUAACGUCAUUCACCACACGGAACGGUUAUAUCACGUUUGAUUGCGAUUAUUAUUCUUAUUUUUAAGAUGACUUUAUUUUUUAACAUUAUUCAAGACUUAUACACAAACACUUUUAUAUUCGACGCUGUAAAUAAUGAAUAUUUUUACCAAAAUGUAUUAUUAGACUAAUGGAAUGAGUCUGCUGGAUUUAAGCACUUUUUUUAUUAAACCGUUUUUUUUUUCUUCAUAAAUGUAAUUUUCAGACAAUCAUGAAUGUAUUAGCUAGUAGCCAAUCUUAUUGUAUUUAAUUUAAGAUCAAUUAGGAGUCAAACGUCUUUGUAAUGAAAUUCAAUUUAAUUGUGAAGAACCUUUUUUGCAAAGAAAAUUUGUAAAAUUAGUAGAUUUUAAGAAAUGUUGUUUGUAACGAAUUUCACUAUAUAGAUUGAAUUUGAAAAAAAUGUCCAAUUGU